AUGUCGGGGGACCAGCCCUAUCGCUCCGCGGAUGAUGAAAUAAAAGAUCCCAAGUUCAUUAACGAACAGACACAUAACUCCGGUCAAUCUUCAAUCGACCAACGAUUGAAGCGGCUUAGGGAAGAAAUCCUUCCGUUCUACCCCUUCCUUCUCACUGUUCCCACUGAUGUGCCUUUCCGCCUGGGGAGUCGCUUUGUCAACAACUGGGCUGUGGGUAAUGACGGGCCGUUUACACCGGAGGAGCAACAACUACAAUAUAUGACAUUCCUUACACAUCACGAAGGGGAUUCCUUGCUAGUGGCUGUGGGUGACUGGUCUGACGCGACAGGAAACGUCAUGUCCGACCAGCGUUCCGGAGGCCAGAGUGCUGCAAGCACACCAUCCAACAACUCGGUGAAGAAAAAGAUAACUUUUAACGACUACAGGAACAGAAGGAAGAGUGGCGCCUCCGCUUCCCCUGUCGGCCCUGAAGUCAGUAAGCAAAGCACCUCAGUCCUUGAUACCCCCGAAGCAAGUCAGCGAGCUGCUAGGGCUAGCCUUCCUAGCAAUGACUCGCAAAAGCCCGCGGGAAAACCUCCCGUCCAAUCGCGAGCUGCGUCUAACUCGGGGGGCAUCGAGCGCAAGCGCCCGUUUGUCGAUGGCACCUCCGAUUCUUCGAGGUCACAGCAUAAGGUCGCGGCCCCCAAAAAGCCGAGGAUAUCUCCGAGUCCUGCAAAGACCGAGCGGCUGAAGGGUAACGGCUUGCCUGCUCUCCUGUCACCGACCCUUCCCCCUACUUCAAACAGUCCAAGACUGCCUCGGCUUCUGUCUCCUACUCUUCCGCCUGAUAUUGAGAAGGAAUUAGCUGGGCUUGGAGAAGGCCCCCUGGGCCUAGGAUCAUCACAAAGCGACGGCGCUUCGAAUAAUGAUUUAUCAUCGGGAUCAAAAAUCCAGAAGGCCAAAUCUGCCGUUCACGCUUCGUCACAGCCAGACUCAACACACUCUUCGGGCUUGCAUAGCAAGCAAUUUUAUCAUGGAAAUGACAAACGACGGCCCUCAAGCACGGAUGUCUCAACUUUGGACAAUUCUCUGGCCUCCAAAGGUAAUCCAAAAAACCAUGUCGGAAAUACGAUGUCAAGAUCAAUCGGCUCGCCACCGGUUCUACAGGAUGCUUCGGCUAGAGCGCAGUUGGUCGUGAAAUUGAAAUAUGGAAGAUCAAACCGGAAGCGGAUCGAGGCUCUCCUGAAAUUUUCUGGCAAAAAGAAGCCGGCCCCGCCGGGGUCACCUGUGAAGAGUGCACUAGACAUUGAGCCCUCUCAGACUCAGAAAGCCAGGCAGGCGGCAGCGAAGGCUCCAGCGUCGGAACAUCCCGAUCACAACAAGCCACAACGGUUGGAAGGGAAAGGGAAGCAUAUGGGCACAAUUACCGUCUCUCGGGAGCACUCAAAAGUCCCUGAAAAGCCUCAAACGCCUAUGUCUUUCUCCUCAAACCUGGCUGUAAAUCCAUCAGACAGAUCGAAAGCUAGUUCAACGACGCCGGUAAAAGACCCUAAGUCUUCUGCCAGCCGGUUUGAUCCAUACAGCGGCAAUGACGGAAAGCCGUCUUCUCAUCCAGCCGUCAAGCGCCCCGGUAAUUCGGCCACUCCUACAAAACUCGCAUCUCCGCAAUCGACUAAUACGGCAUCACGUCAAUGCGACCGUCGAGCUUGGAAAGAUGAGUAUCAGAAAUAUUCAAACCUGGGACGUGAUUUAAAGCAUGCUGCGGAGCGGCACACAGCCAAAGAUCACGUAACUACCGUUGAUGAAAAACUCGCGGCCGCUACAGCAAUUGAGGCUAUUCUUUGCUUCAUCGUGGCAUUUGUUGCCGAUGAUCAAUCCAAAGCGCUAUCCCGGCAAACUGCAGAUUCGUCUUCCUGGCUAUCUAUCCUCGCAUAUUGGCGUGUUGUGAAAAAGAAUAGCACUCCCUAUCCGCGCCUGCAUAGCCUCUGCCUCAUACUUGGUGCUGUCUCUUAUGAUGCCAUUCACGCACUUGAUCUUGAGCGACUUGCCGCCACACCUUUACCUGGGGAGAACACGCCAGCGCCCACUCCAGGGAGCGAUGAAAACCCUGCUGCAUCGGAAGACCAUAAGAAGAGCCGGAAAGAGUUUGUGGAGCUGAAGAAUAGACCGCACGAGUGCUAUAGAGAAUCCCAGAAGUUAUGGCUCGAAGGCUCACGCGGUCUUUGCGAAGAUGUUCUUUCGCGUGAGUUUCCAAGUACCUGGUCUAAACGAUCCAAGAAUUUCUCAGAGUUGGGAAGGCAACGCUUGAGAGCUGGCGACUAUUCUGGCGAAUUUUUUUUGCCAGUUGGACGGACCAACACCCCCCUAGAGGUAGUCCGGUUCAGUCACGCAUUUCUGAGUGAGUGGUGCGCCAAGGAAGGUGUGGGAUGGAACAGCCGACUCAAGCUGUAA